CUCCUCAGUCCUGCGAUCGAUCAAAACCCCCUACAUUUUCCCAUAGAUUGCUCUCAGCUGGUUCUGAUCUUCUCACCAUCAUAUAUACCUUUAACCCUAAUACCUUAAUCAUCGGCGAUUUGACUCUCUUCUGAUUCUUCUGGGAUUGUACCUCAAGUUCCACAUCAACCUUGCCUUAUACCCACCAGUGCAUUGACGCACGCGCGCGCCUAGGAACACUCCUUUUCCUUCCCCUCAACACAGCGAACGAGCGUCUCCUUGCCUUUCUUCUCCUUUCAGCGGUUGCUUUGCCACAUUGUACACCUUCGCUUUCACACACUCGAGUAAAACGACAAAAUGUCGGACGCGGAUCAGGGCUGGAAACCAAACGGUCGUCCUCAGUCGACCAUGGCACAGGCUUUCUCCAGUACGCUAGAUAGUCUCUUCGCGUUGGACUCGGAUGUCCACAACCUUGAGCAGACUGUUGAUGAGAGGAAAUUUCAAAUGAUGAUUCAAAACCGAGAACUGGAAGAACUUCAGGCGAAAAUUCGCGCGACCGAAGAACGCUUGAAAGCACGAAAAUCCGUGAUCUUGGAUGGAAGCAGCCCCAGGAGCAAUGGAGCGCAGAGCGACGGCGGAUAUCAGUCGACAGAAUCCGCGUCAUCGGCAACAUCUCCAACGGACACGGCAGGCCACUACUCCAGCGGGGAUGAACAGCGGCAGCAUGGCCAAACACGCAAUUCAUGACUUGAUACAACCGGCCAGAGUUGGCUGCAAUGGACACGUUUGGGUCAGGAACGGGGUUAUGGAUUUUAUUUCUCUUCUAUUGGUUUUCCAAGGCGGACAUGUCU